AUGUUUUCAUUCUUUUCUGUUUCAAAUGCUCAUGGAAGCGCCCAAUUUUCUGCUUCUGGACAGCUCAGUUUUGAAUCUUCUAUGCAAGGGAAGCAUAGUGCUUCUGGUUCUGCAAGCCAACAGAGUUCUUUAGAACAAUCAAGCCAAGGCAAGGUUGACGUUGGCCAACAAAGUUCUUCAGGCCAGUCAGCCCAAAUGAGUGCCUCUGCUUCCGGCGGGAAAGAGGCCUCUGCUUCUGCUUCCAAAGAGGCCUCUGCAUCUGCUUCUGGCGAGAAAGAAGCCUCUGCUUCUUCUUCCGGCUCCAAAGAAGCCUCUGCAACUGGCUCUGCAUCCGCUUCCGGCGAGAAAGAAGCCUCUGCAUCCGCUUCGAAAGAAGCCUCUUUAUCUGCUUCCGGCUCUGUAUCUGGCUCUGUAUCUGCUUCCGGCAAGAAAGAAGCCUCUGCAUCAUCUUCGAAAGAAGCCUCUGCAUCUGCUUCCGGCUCUGUAUCCGCUUCGAAAGAAGCCUCUGUAUCCGCUUCGAAAGAAGGCUCUGCAUCCGCUUCCGGCUCUGUAUCUGCUUCGAAAGAAGCCUCUGCAUCCGCUUCCGGCUCUGUAUCCGCUUCGAAAGAAGCCUCUGCAUCCGCUUCGAAAGAAGCCUCUGCAUCUGCUUCCAGCGAGAAAGAAGCCUCUGCAUCCGCUUCUGGCUCUGCAUCAGCUUCAAAAGAAGCCUCUGCAUCCGCUUCGAAAGAAGUCUCUGCAUCCGGUUCUGGCUCUGUAUCCGCUUCGAAAGAAGCCUCUGCAUCAGCUUCCGGCUCUAAAGAAGACUCUGCAUCGAAAGAAGCCUCUGCAUCCGCUUCCGGCUCUGCAUCCGCUUCUGCAUCCGGUUCUGGCUCUGUAUCCGCUUCGAAAGAAGCCUCUGCAUCCGGUUCUGGCUCUGUAUCCGCUUCGAAAGAAGCCUCUGCAUCAGCUUCCGGCUCUAAAGAAGACUCUGCAUCGAAAGAAGCCUCUGCAUCCGCUUCCGGCUCGAAAGAAGCCUCUGCAUCCGCUUCGAAAGAAGCCUCUGCAUCCGGUUCUGGCUCUGUAUCCGCUUCGAAAGAAGCCUCUGCAUCUGCUUCCGGCUCUAAAGAAGACUCUGCAUCGAAAGAAGCCUCUGCAUCCGCUUCGAAAGAAGCCUCUGCAUCCGCUUCGAAAGAAGCCUCUGCAUCCGCUUCGAAAGAAGCCUCUGCAUCCGCUUCUAAAGAAGCCUCUGCAUCCGGCGAGGCAAGCCAGAGUACUACUUCUUCCAGCCAACAAAGUCAAGGUAGUGCUAAUGCUUCUAGCCAACAAACCCAGGAAAGCCAAAGCUCCGCUACUUUAAGUUCAAGUUCAAGUUCAAGUUUAAAUGUCAGCUUGAAAGGACAGUUCAAAAAACUUUAUGCGUUUGGAGACUCAUUUACUGAUACUGGGAAUGCUGCCACCAUACAAGGCGUCAAAUCCUUCGCUGGUAAACUGAUUAAGAAUUCUGCCUUGGCCAAGUCAGCUGGCCAGAGAAUGUGCAAUGGUCGAUUGCUUGUCGAUUUCCUUUGCGACGAUAUUGGUUUGCCUUCACUGCACGCAUAUAAGGAAGCUUCGGGUGACUUCUCCGCUGGUGUGAACUUUGCAGUAGCAGGAUCAACUUGUCUUACAGCAGACCUCUUUUCUACUAACAAAAUCACCCAUUCUUUCAUGUUCAAGAAGAAGCCUGAAAACACCUUGACUCAAAUUGAUUGGUUCAACAAGUUUAUUAUGGGUCAUGAUUGCAAGGGUAUGGAUGAGGCUCAAUGCAAGUCUCAUUUAUCAAAUUCCCUCUUCUGGGUUGGUGCUAUUGGCUUUAGUGAUUACGCACGUAUUUUUGGAUCUGCUAUCUCUGGUAAAUCAAUUGCAGAAGCAUCUACAGACCAUGUUGGCAAAAUUCUUAAGGCGGUACUGGAUAGAGGUGCAAGGUAUGCUAUUGUUCAAGGGCUUCCACCGGCAGGUUGCUGCCCAUUGCAAUUGCUCCUGAACCCACCAAAGGAACGUGACAGCAUGGGAUGUUCAUCAGGUUUGAACGCAUUGGUUCAAGCUCACAACGAGCUUCUCCAGAAGAAGUUGGGAGAAUUCCGUGCACAGUACAAAGAUGCAGUGGUCAUCUAUGCAGAUACAUGGAAGGCAUACAAAACAAUUUUGGUUAAUCACAAGAAGUACAAAUUCGAAGAGCCCUUCAAGGCAUGCUGUGGAGCUGGAGGAGGACCUCUCAACUGCAACUUGCAUUCUCUUUGUGGAUCAACUGGCAGCUCUACUUGCAAGAAUCCAGAUAACUACAUCAGCUGGGAUGGAAUUCACUUCACUGAAGCUAUGCACAAACGUCUAGCUGAGCUUUUAUUCCAAGAAGACUUCUGCUCUCCAACAUUUGAAGUUAUGAUUGAAAAGAAGGUAAAGGCUAGUGUGACAGUCAAGACUGCUGCUGCUGCUUAGGCUACUAUUCUCCAUAAUGAUCAGUUGAUUGAAUACCUGUUGCUUUAGCAACAAUGCAU